UGAUAUCUUUGCCUCUGAUAUUAAAAUGAUUCAGACAGCAGUUGAACCAACAGUCUUGAGAGACAUACACAAUUCAUACCAAAAGAACAUGGAUGCUGAAGAGUUGGAAAACAUUUUCUUAUUAGUGCUGGUCACUCUUCUCAGCAUUGUUCAGAAUGUAUUCUUUGCACUGAAGGUUGAGAAAGAGUGUAAAGGCCAUAAUUCAAAACAACAUUCUGCAGAUUUUGAGCGUUUGUCAUGUGCCAAUCGAAACUGCAUGGAUACUUACCCCACAUUCCUGGCAGUACUGUGGUGCGCUGGUAUCUGCCUCAGUCAAGCUCCAGCUGCCUUUGCUGGUAUUAUUUAUCUUGUGGUCCGACAGAAGUACUUUGUGGGCUACUUGGGGCAAAGUUGCCAGAGCAUUCCUGGCUUCCUGUUCGGGAAACGUAUCCUCUUCUUCCUGUCACUCAUGUGUAUUGUGGGAAUCAUAAAUUACCUGCUGCUCAAUUACGGUGGCAGUGACUACAAAGACUAUGUUCAGACUAUCACCAAAGCAGCAUCAACCCUCCUGCUCUUGCCCUGAGCUGUGCUACACACAUGUGAUUCCCCUUGAGAUAAAAUAUUGAAGUGCUCUAUGUGAAGACAUUGGUCUUCGGUUUAUGGUUUGUCGGUUAGUCUGAGAAUGUGGCAAGAAAAUUGUGAUGUGUUCUCAGUGAUUAUAACAAACGCGUUUACUUGCAAAAUUAUAUGUACAUGUUAAAUUCCUUUACAACGAAUAUCAGAGGAAACAAAAAGGUUAUUACUAUUAACUAUUCCAUGUGUAAAAAGGUAUUUGAAGAAAUGUUUUAAAGGAAUGAAUGGAGCACAUUUGCAUAGAAUGACCGAUGGGGAAAGCCUUAAAGGGAUAGUUCACUCAAAAAAGAAAAUUCUGUCAUCAUUCAUUCACCUUCAUGUGUUCCAAACCAGUAUGACUUUCUUCCAUGGAACAAAUAGAAAAGAUGUUAGGCAGAAAGUUAGUCUCAGUCACCAUUCACUUUCAUUGUAUGGAAAAAAGAUGCAAUAAAAGUGAAUGGUGACUGAGACUGCUCAUUCUGCCUGUCAUCUCCUUGUGUGCUUCAUGGAAGAAAGUCCUACAGAUCUGGAAUAACAUGAGUGUGAGUAAAUGAUGACAGAAUUUUCAUGUUUCUGCAAACAUCGCUUAAAUUGUUUUAAAUAGUAUUGUAACUCCUGUAAGUUGUUAUUAUUAGUUAAUAAUGAGGUUUUACAAAAUUUACUCUUUUGCUCCUGCAGAAUUAUAAUUAAGACAAAUUCUUAUUAUCUCACAGCUUUAUGAUCUUUUGUAUUAUUGCUAGAUUUGGCGAAAGAUGAAAUAAUUUUUUUGCAGUAAAACAUUGUUUUAAGUGAGUGUUUCCCAACCUUGUUUGUCUUAUCUAUACACCACAGGCUUAUAUGAUAAUGGAUAUAAUUUACAGUACUUAUCAUUAUCAUUCAUAUUAUUUUUAGAGAUGUGCACAAGUAACUGAUUAACCAACUCGUUCAGCUUUAAAAAUCUGAGUAGAAAAAAACACUACUCAAAUAUUGCAAUUUAAUUUUCCUUUGUGCUUUUGCCUGCUAUGAGCAACAUUAAAACUGCUUCUCUCA